AUGCCUCCCAGGACUUCCAAGAACUCUGCUAAUGUUCCCACCUCGCCUCCUAAGUCCCCUCCUAAGUCUCGUAGGAGUCCCAGAAAGCGUGCUGCAUCGUCUGUUGAUGCCUCUGUGGAACCAGCUGCCAAGAAGGUUGCCAUGGACAGUGAAGUGGGUGAGACUGGAGGUGAGGGUGAGGAUAAUGAAGGUGGAGCUACAGGAAAGAAAGGGGACAAGGGAAACAACAAAGCUGCUGGAAAGAAGGGAAAGAAGGGAAUUAUGAAAUCUAGUGCCAAACCUGUAAAGGCUGCAGUUGAAAAGGCAGCCGCAGGCCAAUCUACUCCGACUUCGAGGGCUAGUUCUGUAAAGGCUGCAGCUGAAAAGGCAGCCGCAGAUCAUCUUACUAAAACUCAGAAAAUUUUGCUUGAUAGUGGAGCAGCUAUAGCUCCACCUCCUAGGCCUGUCCAAGAGGCUACCACAGUGGUAUCUUCCACCAAUGAGCUUCAGACUAUCAUUGAAAAGCAAGCACCAGCUGUGGUAAAGACUCCUCGUCAGCGUGUAACUGAAGUUCCAGAGGGAGAGACGUCUGCUGAAGAGGGUAUGACAGAUGACGAGGUGAAGGACAAAGGAAAGGGAAGAGACAUGGCUAAUAUUGGAGAAGUGAGUGGGAGUGGGAGUGAGAGUGGUGAUCAGGAUGAGCUAAAGGGUCAGGGUGAUGGCGAAGAUGAGGGUGAAGAAGAUGGUGAAGAUGAGGGUGAAGAUGAGGGUGGCAAAGAUGGCGAAGAGGAGGGUGAGGAUGAGGGUGAAGAGGAGGGUGGAGAUGAUGAUGAAGUUGAGGGGGAGAAGGACAAGGAGUCAGGUGACGAUGUGGAAAAAGUUGAGGAGGAUGCAGGCAAAGUCAAAGAUGCAGGUGUUGAUCAAGAUGUUGAGAUGGUGGACAUCAACAAGGUUGGAACUGUGGCAGAGACAACUGUCUCUGUUGCAACUGCUGCGAUGGCGAACACCAUUGAAGUAACCACUUUAGAGGAAAUGGCUGUUACUCUUGAUGACCUUCAAGGUGCUAGCAAGACAAUUGGUGGAUUUGCACGUGGCAAUGCUGUUGGAAAUACCUAUGGCUUUGGUGAUGAACCCUUGGUCGAUCUGCCUGCAUUACAACAGAAAGGCAAGAUCAUGGUUUAUAUUUCAAGCAGUGACCCCUCUACUGUUGUGCCUACUGAAACCCCUCCAUCCUUUCAAAAAAUGCUGGCGAUCUCUCAUAUGUCUAAACCUCUCUUCGAUGCUCUUGGAAAAAAGUGGCCUACCAUCAAGAAUCCUGAAUACACGAUUUUUGUUCAUGACAUUGUCUGGACUCUUUUGGGCUCUUUUGAAGAGAUUACAUCAGUUGAGGGAGAUGAAGAGAUCACUUGGCACACAGAAAACAACAAGCCAGUCAUUCAGAUUCUUUUGAGCAACUUCACUUUACCAAGUCUCUCAUCUACUAUCGUUGUUGCCUCAGCUGCUAGUCCUGGUCUUCCUGUUGCUGCUGCUGCUACUACUAGCCAACUUGUUCCAGUUGUCGCUGGCCCACCUCAGGGUGUUCGGGUUCACUUUACCCAAGAGCAGACUGCAAUGGCUGAUGCUCUUGAGAUUCCAGUGGCUUUGCGUCGUGCUGGUAAUGCACUUAAACUUCAGGAACAUUACACUCGCUAUCUUGCUCUUCUUGAGGCUGAGAAGAAAUUCAAGAAGAUGCAGAAGGAUGGGACUUGGCCUGCAGAGCUUAGACUGCCUGUCGGUAGAGAGAUUCCAAACCUCUUCAUCGGCAAAUCGACCUGGCAUGAUUAUUGGACCAAGAUUUUUCCUCACAUUGCAGAGUAUCCAGAAAUGGUAAAAUGGUUGAGUAAUGAUGAGGACAGUAUGGAGACUGAAGAGUUGUUUGGGGUGAAGAUGAAGGCGUAUCAUUUUGCAGAGUUGCUUGCAUGGGUGCAGAAUGGGGGAUCAUUGAUCAAGCCGAAGAAAGGUGCAGCAAAGGAGGCAUCUGCAGGCACAUCGAAGAAAUCGUCUACCUCGAAGAAGCCUGCCGGAUCUGCUAAGAAGGUGGCCACUUCCAAGAGUGGAAGUUCCAAGCGCAAGUAUAGUUUGAAUCUUUUGGUCCUGCUUGUUCUUUGCUAUUAUCUGGAUGGUCUUGCUGGCAACUUGAGUGGUUUGGUCUUUAUGAUUGCUUGCACUGCAUUUAGUUCUCAGUUAUCUCUGCUUUUGUGGAUGGCAUUCUUGAUUCCACAUGCCUUAGCAAGCCCACAGUCUGCUCCUUUCCCAGACAUAGGCUUUCAAGACUUUAGUGAAUUCAUUAUCAACAACUUUGGAGAUAAAAUAUCUCUGCCAACAGUUAUGAUGAUGUUGCUGUCAAUGACCAACAAUACAGAGCUUCUCUCUCUUCAUUUCAAACAAAGUCCUGGAUCUAAGGCAACAUCAUGGAUUAAAUGUCUAGCACGUGCAAUUAUUGAACAACUUGGCGACAAUGAUGCAGACACUCUAUUCUCAGAAAAUGAGCUAUCCAUGUUUAAAAAUGCAACUGCCAGAGAGAGUAAUGUUUCAUCAUUGGCUGUGAAACUUGUUGAAUUCUCACAUUUAUUGGGCCUUUACCCAUAUAACAAUAAACAAAAAUUCACUGGUACUUUGCAACAUAUAUCACACAGUUCUAUUCAACCAGCACUGUUGAUUUGCCCAAACUCAUCUGUCUGUUUGACUGCAGGCUGUGGACGAUGUUUUUUAAAACAGAAUACACAAACACGCCAUAUUCCAAGAGUGACUUUGAUCAAAGGCACAGAGGUCUUUAAAAAUGUUCAGUUGCUUUCUGGAUACUGUAACAACUGUGAAACUAUUUAUUAUGCAGAUCAUGAACAUACAGCUUUGACAGCAGAUACUGAAGCUAUGCAACUAUAUCUGAACUCUGCAUUGUAUAUUAAAGUUGGCCAGAAGCUUUGGGUUGACCGCAAGUUUUCAACUUCAGUGAUAAAUGGAACAUAUCACCUUCAUGCAUCUACAUCUGGCUGGGCAAAUUAUUUUAAUGACACUUAUGGCAAUGACUGUAUCACACUGUCUCGCUGCCAGGUGUGGGCUGCUUUCAUGCAGGAAUCUAUCCGGCAAGCAUCUGAAAUAUCAGGGGUUGAUUUUGUCACUCGAGAUGUAUCAUCAAUAGAGGAAGUAACAGAAGAUGCUUUUGCAGCUUUAGGAAAUGAUGGUUUAAUUCAACCAGCUAAAGGUCAUGCAUGUGCUGAGUGUUCACAACCAUAUCAAGCAACAUCAGAUGUGGUUUUGAACCCAAAUAAUGAUCCUUCCACUUCUGCACAGAACACAGUUCAGAUGCGGAAUGUAACCAUGAGAGUAAUUGAUGGAAUGGUUAAUGGCACAAAGCAUUGUGCUGCUGAUGGUUGCAUUGGUGAUCUACUUAAUUAUCGAGGAGGUGCCUUGUGUCGAGUACAUGAACAUGAGUUUGGCAAUCGUUGUCGUGUUAGAGAUUGCACAGAGACCUUGGUUCGCCCCACAAAAGCCUGUGCAGCUCAUCAAAGUGUUUGGAAUAAAUACCUGCUCGAUCACUCAGCUGCAAGUUUGGCAGGAUCAAAAAGAAUGUUGAACCGUCAGCAAGAAAAUCUAGAGUGGAAUCCUAGAUCUGAGCAUGAAGUUCAGCCACAUGAUCAGCCAGCUCCAGAACCCAAAAAAUUAAAGCACUUUUUUGGUCCUGCAACAUUUUAUUGUGUUGAAACAAUUUGUUAUCCAUGUGGUGUUGUUGAAGCAUGGGCAAAAUUUGCCAAAUCAGAGUCAGAGUCAAACAUUCUGGCCUUUAUGAAGAAGGUUUAUCCUACAAAGGAAUCGCAUCCAGAUUAUAUCUGCAUUGAUAAAGCUUGUAAAGUGCUUAAACAUAUGGCUGCACAAGGUCACUGGGAUGAGUGGUCAGAAACAACACGAUUGAUAGUUGAUACUUUCCACUAUGGGAAACAUUGGAAAGAAGACAUUCUUUGUCGAACAUGGUGUAAUCCAGCUCCCACAGAUGGGUCUGCUCCAAAUUUAGUUAUAAAAGCCAUAGCUUCUGAUGGAUCAACCUAUGACAAACGAGCAUUUAAUACUCAGGCCUGUGAACAACUCAAUGCAUGGCUGGGAGGUUUUGAAUCAAUCCUCAAGAGAAUGAUACCCCAAAACUAUAACUGGUUUAUUCACACAAUGCUUUCUUAUCACACUAGAAAGGUUAUUGCCCGCCAAGCCAAAAAAGCAGCUAAAGGGAUGCAGGAAGAGGAAGGUGGUGAUACUGACAAUGAUGAAGCUGAGUAA